GAUGGAUCAUCUUCUGAACAAGUUUCAAACCAGAAAGGUAAAUCCAUCAUGAUUGAAAGCACUGGAAGCGUACAGAUCGACAAUGAUAAAUAUUGGCCACUUUCUGGAAAAUCCUAUGUUGAUAUGAUUUUCACUAAGAGCGCUGUCAAGCCCAUUUACAGUUUGUAUUUACCCAAGAAAAUGAACAAAGAGCUACCUUCUGCUGGAGCCCCUGUAGUCAUUACUAGUGGUAGAAAGAAGUGGGAUCUAUUUUAUGGUGGAGCCAAUAAUACUUAUAAAUUUAGCACUAGAUGGAGAAAAGUUGUGGAUGAUAACAAUCUAAAGGAGGGAGAUGGACUUGUGUUUGAACUGUCACAGUGUAGCACUAGCAAAAUCAAAUUCACAGUUCAGAUUCUCAGAGGCGAUUUCCCAGCUGAAUUGAUUCCUAAAGAUUUGGAGGGUAAUAAUAGUGACAACCCAAUAAUAAUUGAUUAA